GGGCACAAUGCGCCGACGAUAAAUUCGGCAGCGACGCUGUCUGAGAGCUUCGAAGAAGAUGGCGAUCGGUCGCAUCGUGAAUGAGAUGGCUCGAAUCGCGUCCUCGGCUUUGAGACAUCAGGAGCGACAUGUAGAGCGGGUCAUCGAGGUGCUGGUUCCCGGGCCUCUGGGAAUCGUGGAGCACAAAUUUUCUCACGGAGAGCUCCAAUCUGCACGAGCAGAGGUCGCCAGAGCUGUCGAGAGAUGGAAACUGGGUGCCAAUCGGAGAUCAAACUGAACAUGAAUCUCUCAUCGCGCUUCGGGCUCGUGUCUUUGUCUCAAAUUGGUUCUUAGAUCCGCGCGUUGACAAGAGUUGGAAAAUUAGGGCUGGCUUCCUCCCUCACAUUCCCAAGUGGUAGGCAGCGACUCGCAAUGUCCGAUGUCCAUGAGACCAUCCUAUGGCACCAACUCAAAUUUACAUAAUAAGAUCGUCCUCUUGUGGUAUUGUGUCGCAGAUGAUCACAAUUCGUUGUACUAAGCACCAGGAUGUCACCUGGUUAGACUAGAAAUUUUGUUCCCAAGGUAGUCGCUUGGAUGUAAGAAUUAAUUGGAAUAAUGAUGUCGGCGGCUGUGGACAUUUUGUACAAGUAAUCACACUAAGAGUCAGAUGGAGAUCAUCGUGGGGUGGAAAUUGGUUUUUCCUCCAAAACGAGCUGAAUUUGGUAAUGUUCAAGGGUGGAAAUGGCGAGCUAUUAAAUGUUUAAGCUUCCUCUAUUUAUCUUGGGAGACAGGUUUCUGUUCGCGCAAUGCCAAAGACUCCUUUUAGGCUUCGAAAGAGCUCAAGCGUCAUGUCUCAGCGCAAUAUUGUUGGUACACUAGUUUUAUUCGCAGUAAAUUCAAACCAUACGCAUCUUCCCCUGAUC